AUGAAAGACAAUUAUGAUCUAAUCACAACUUCUCAAGCCAUUUUCGAUGUAGUCAAAAGAGGAAAUUUGAUUGAAGAAACUCGCGUUCAAUACGAAAUUAAAUGUGUUGGAACUGAAAUAGAAACUUCUUAAAUAGGAUAUGACACUGUUAAAUAUAAGUUUACAAUAACUAAAAUUGAUUUGUUAACAGAUAAAAAAAAGUCACACGAUUUUGUUAGAAGAUAUACACAUUUCCUAUGGUUAUAAAAUGAAUUGCAAAAUAAAUUAAUAGGCAGAAUUAUUCCCAGUCUUCCUGAAAAAUAGACUGGUUACGAUAAAGAUAAAAGAAAAUUAGAAUUUGUCUACUUUAUGUAAAAAAUAUUAAGUCAUAAAAAAUUCUAAUCAGUUGAUUGCAUAGAACGAUUUUUUAGCGAAGAAUUAAAAGAAUAUGAGGCAUUUUAAUAAUAUAUUGACAAUAUGAGAGAGUCUUAAUCAGUUAUUAAUAAGGUUAUCAAUACAGGAUUAUCAUUUAUGAACAUGUUCUAAAGAGUUUACAAUUAUAACAAUGUUCAAAUAUUCCCAAGAAUUCCUGAUGAUCUUGAUAAAUAAUUUGAUGAAUAUAGGAAAGAAUUCGAAUUAAAUAAGCUUAAUACUGAAAUCAUAACUUUGGAUCUUUAGAAAAUAGUUUAGAAAUUACAAACUUAAACAAGAUCGUUAUCAAGUAGUUUUGAUAUAUUUAUGAAUGAGUGUUAGGGAACUGAAGAAUUUAAUAUGCUAAAAAUUAUCAUAAAGAUCUACGAGAGCUAUGAAAUUAAAUUAAGAUAAAAGUAUAUUUACAGGAUGGAAGCGAGCAUUAAAGAUUAUGAUCAAGCGAUCAAGUUGAUAAAUCUUUACAAGGACUUAAAGGAUUAGAUCAACAAAGAUUCUCAAUUAAUCAAUAAUCAAAAUUACAAAUCAUAAAUAGACGAACUGUAAUAGCAAAUUAGAAUUAACAAAGAAAAGGUAGAUUAAUUGAAUUUGAACUUUAAUGAUGAUAUUAAAAUCUUUAGAUAACAAUAAAGUUGGUGUUUAAACGAUGUGCAAUAAUAUUUUUAAAUUGAUUUGAAAGAGUGUUAUGAUUCAAUUAAAUCAUAGAAAACUGCUGAGCAUGUUUGA